AGUUUAGAUCAGCAUCUGUUAUGGUAUGGUACGGUACACGGAGCCCUUUCCAGCAGUCAUGGGUUCAUCAGAAUGUGUUGCAGUGGUGUGCUGAAGCUCAACACCUCUAUAUUAAUUGUUUGCUCGGAGCCUUUAUUGGACGGGGCCUCCUUCUCACCUCGUCAACCCUGACAAGACAGACCGCUCAAAUACUCAACUCAGGACAGACCCGCUCAGCUGUGAACACUAUAACCAGAGAGAACGAAGUGGUGGAGAUAGAAGAAACGGACUUCAAGGGAGCAGAACACACAUGCCCCUGAACGCGGGCCACCCCGGCUACGGCAGCGUGCCGGGCACCGGGCCGCCGGGCACCGGCUCCUCGGACCUGGCGGCCCCGCUGCUCCUCCCGGAGCCGGAGCCGCUUCGUCAAUGGAGACCCCUGAGCAGGGACGAGCUGGAGGCCGCGGCGGGGGGCCCCGGCUGGAGGAAGGCGCGCUGCUACCUGGUGGGGGUGUUCUGGCUCACCUGGCUGCUCCUCCUGGCCGCGUCCAUCGCCAUCAUCGGCCUGAGCCCGCGGCCGGUCCCCGCGGAGCUGCAGUGGUGGCAGAGGGCGCUGUUCUCCCAGCUGCAGCCCGACCUGGAGCCCCGGGCCGGGGACGGAGUCAGCGCGGCGUGUGACCACUUCGGGUACAUCAGGUCUUUGGGUAUAGGGUCUGUUAUCCUGAAGGGUGUGUUUCAUAAGAGGCCGUCUCCCUCAAACAUCACAGCCACCAUGGAAAACUUGGAAACACUGGCUCAGAUCCAGCAUCUGCUCAUAGAGGGUAACAAAGCAGAUCUCAGAAUGCUGUUAGACUUUUGUAACGUGGACCUGAUGAGGAUUCAGGAAGUUGCAGGUAACGCGGACGAGCCAUCAAACCACUCGGCUACUGUGCAGCAUACAUUAAGGUUCUGGCUGGAGCGUGGUGUAGCAGGGUUUGUCAUAUGCGACACAGAUGCAGCAUAUUCAGAAGAGAUCUUGUUAGAAUGGAGAAGCAUCCUUGAGGAGUUCAGCGCCGAGGGGGAGGAGAGGAUCGUGGUUGUGAAACAGACGGCAGAUGUCCUGCGUCCCCUGAACGUCUCCAGCCGCAGCAAUGAUACGCUGAUGAACAUGGUCAUGAGGUCCAUUUUGCCGUACUCGCACCACAGUCUGUCUGCUUGGGAAGCGGCUGUUGCCAUCGAGACACAGCUGCAAACAGUACAGGAGGACGUGUGGACGAGCUGGACUGUUGAAGGUGAAGCAGUUCAUGAGCUGCAAAGGUUACUCCUGGUGCUGACGAUGACUCUUCCAGGAUCGCCCGUCAUCCAGUUUGAUGACGAGAUUGAUCAAACACAGAAGUCUCUGAGGAGAAGCGCAUCACACAGCGACAGAGAUGAGCCUUUAGACAGAGACAAGAAGAAGACGAAACGUUCAGCUACUGCUCUGUUUACCACCCUCAGCCACUCCAAAGCCAGUGAAGAAGCUCUCCAGUUUGGUAGCUUCACUUUCCUCCCCUUCAACACCUCCUCAAACUUUUCCUCUUCCUCCAACUCCACUUCCCCCCCUUCGUUAUCUCCUCCCAUCCUGGCUUUCCUGCGUUCCUGGGGCUGCGUCCAGUUCCUUGUCCUGCUCAACGUCGGGCCCGAGUCCCAGCCCCUGGAUCCUGCGUGGGCCCUGGGCCUGCCUGAAACUGGGGUGGUUGUGGCCGGCACUGGGAUGAACCGCUGGGGUUCCACGUCUCUCCUCACGCUCACACUCCAGCCCCACGAAGCCAUCGUGGUCAAACUGUUCAAGACGGGAAGCUAUUCGUAGAGUUUCGAUGUUGAAUUUAGAAGGAUGUGAGCUUUUCUUUCAAUAAAUACCAGAUUUUAAAUAAUAAUAAUUCUGAUUAUGUGUGAAUAAAAAGAUUCUGUGUGGCAUAUUUUCCUGCCUAAUUUUCCCUUUUCAGUCCUGCAAGUACGUCAGUUUUAGAUCAGCCUAUUUACAGGAGUUAGUGUUUGAAAACCACUUGAAAGGGCUCAUCUACUGUAGCAUCUCUGGACUAUGUAGUAUGUAUUUGUUGAUUAUACAAAAGUUUUUUGAUAAAGUACAAAGAAAUAUGCUAAGUAAAUAUAAAAAAAAGAUGUUACAAAGAGUGAUGAAGCUCUUAUUUAACUUCUGAAUUUGUACUGAAUGCGAUACUUAUUCUAAGGGUGAAACAGAAUAUUCACACAUCGC